CCCGGGGUGGCCCGGGGCGCUCUCCAGACUCCCGCCCCGGGGGGAACGCGGGGCGCGGCCGCAGCCCCGCCGCCGAGGGUCGGGAGGGAGCUGCCCGCGGGGAUCCCCGGCCGCACGCGCGCGCGCGGCCCCACGCUCACGCUCUCCCGCACACUCACCCGCACGCGCGCCCGCCCCGAGCCGGGGCUGCGGACAGGGCUCGCGGGCGCGCCGAGCGGGCCGGGCAGCGGCCGUCCGUCCGGCGUGGGGUGGCCGCCAGCCGCGCUCCGGCUCGUGGAGGGAGGCGCCCGGGAGGGGUGCUGAGCCCGAGCAUGGGGCCGGGUGAGCGCUGAGUGUCUCGGCCGCAGCCUUCAGCCCUGGAGAUGACCAGGAGCGGCCACUGCUGAGAACUAUGUGGAGAGAGGCUGCGAGCCCUGCGGCAGAGCCUCCGGCUGGGAUAGCCGCCCCCCGUGGGGGCGAUGCGGACAGCGCGGGACAGCCAGGGGAGCGCGCGGGGGCCGCAGCAUGCGGGAACCCGCUAAACCCGGUGGCUGCUGAGGCGGCCGAGAUGCUCGUGCGCGCGGCGCGCCCCACCGCAUCCUCGACCUUCUCCGGCUACAGGGACCGUCAGUGGCGGCGACUAUGGGCAGACUGGGCUACUGGGCGCUGCUGGGACUGGCGGCCCUUCUGGCGUGGCGCGGCCCGGCGCCCGCGGCGGCGGCAGAGAAGGGGCCUCCGGCGCUGAACAUCGCGGUGCUCCUGGGCCACAGCCACGACAUGACGGAGCGCCAGCUGCGGACGCUGUGGGGGCCCGAGCAGGGCGUGGGGCUGCCCCUCGACGUGAACGUGGUGGCGCUGCUGAUGAACCGCACCGACCCCAAGAGCCUCAUCACGCACGUGUGCGACCUCAUGUCGGGCGCCCGCAUUCACGGGCUGGUGUUCGGGGACGACACGGACCAGGAGGCCGUGGCGCAGAUGCUGGAUUUUAUCUCCUCGCAGACGUUUGUCCCCAUCCUGGGGAUCCACGGGGGCGCGUCCAUGAUCAUGGCUGACAAGGACCCGACGUCCACCUUCUUCCAGUUCGGCGCGUCCAUCCAGCAGCAGGCCACGGUCAUGCUGAAGAUCAUGCAGGACUACGACUGGCACACCUUCUCGCUGGUCACCACCAUCUUCCCCGGCUACCGGGAGUUCAUCAGCUUCGUCAAGACCACGGUGGACAACAGCUUCGUGGGCUGGGACGUGCAGAACGUCAUCACCCUGGACACGUCCUUCGAGGACGCCAAGACGCAGGUGCAGCUGAAGAAGAUCCACUCGUCGGUGAUCCUGCUGUACUGCUCCAAGGACGAGGCCGUGGCCAUCCUGAGCGAGGCGCGGGCGCUCGGCCUCACGGGCUACGACUUCUUCUGGAUCGUGCCCAGCCUGGUGUCGGGCAACACGGAGCUCAUCCCCAAGGAGUUCCCCUCGGGCCUCAUCUCCGUGUCCUACGACGACUGGGACUACAGCCUGGAGGCCCGGGUCAGGGACGGCCUGGGCAUCCUCACCACGGCCGCCGCGUCCAUGCUGGAGAAGUUCUCCUACAUCCCCGAGGCCAAGGCCAGCUGCUACGGGCAGUCAGAGAAGCCGGAGGCCCCUCAGCACACGCUGCACCAGUUCAUGGUGGACGUGACGUGGAACGGCAAAGACCUGUCCUUCACCGAGGACGGCUACCAGGUGCACCCCCGGCUGGUGGUCAUCGUGCUCAACAAGGACCGGGAGUGGGAGAAGGUGGGCAAGUGGGAGAACCAGAGCCUGAGCCUGCGGCACGCCGUGUGGCCGCGCUACAAGUCCUUCUCGGACUGCGAGCCCGACGACAACCACCUGAGCAUCGUCACCCUGGAGGAGGCCCCGUUCGUCAUCGUGGAGGACAUCGACCCGCUCACGGAGACGUGCGUCAGGAACACGGUGCCCUGCCGCAAGUUCGUCAAGAUCAACAACUCGACCAACGAGGGCAUGAACGUCAAGAAGUGCUGCAAGGGCUUCUGCAUCGACAUCCUCAAGAAGCUCUCCCGGACCGUGAAGUUCACCUACGACCUCUACCUGGUGACCAACGGGAAACAUGGCAAGAAAGUGAACAACGUGUGGAACGGCAUGAUCGGGGAAGUGGUCUACCAGCGGGCGGUCAUGGCCGUGGGCUCGCUCACCAUCAACGAGGAGCGCUCAGAGGUGGUGGACUUCUCCGUGCCCUUCGUGGAGACGGGCAUCAGCGUCAUGGUCUCCCGGAGCAACGGGACGGUCUCCCCCUCCGCGUUUCUAGAGCCCUUCAGCGCCUCCGUCUGGGUGAUGAUGUUCGUGAUGCUUCUCAUCGUCUCCGCCAUCGCCGUCUUCGUCUUCGAGUACUUCAGCCCGGUCGGGUACAACAGGAGCCUGGCCAGAGGGAAAGCGCCGCACGGGCCGUCGUUCACCAUCGGGAAGGCCAUCUGGCUGCUCUGGGGCCUGGUGUUCAACAACUCCGUGCCCGUGCAGAACCCCCGGGGGACCACGUCCAAGAUCAUGGUGUCCGUGUGGGCCUUCUUCGCCGUCAUCUUCCUGGCCAGCUACACAGCCAACCUGGCCGCCUUCAUGAUCCAGGAGGAGUUUGUGGACCAGGUGACCGGGCUCAGCGACAAGAAGGGGGACCCGCACACCCUCGUGCCUGCCCUGGGUCACCUCGGCUGCAGGCCCGGCCGCUCAGACCGCAGCUCCUGCCUGCCCCCGUCCACAGGGGAGAGCCCCAAGACCGGGCCGUAUUCCGACGGCCAGCAGAGGAGCUGCACCCCCGGCCCGGUUCCCUGCCGGCUCCACCACGCUGAGGCUGGCCCCCACCACGCCCGUGACCCGUCCCCUGCUUUCUUUUCGGUCCGUUCCAGGAAGCUGGACGCCUUCAUCUACGACGCGGCCGUGCUGAACUACAAGGCCGGCCGGGACGAGGGCUGCAAGCUCGUGACCAUUGGCAGCGGCUACAUCUUUGCCACCACAGGCUACGGGAUCGCCCUGCAGAAGGGGUCCCCCUGGAAGAGGCAGAUCGACCUGGCGCUGCUCCAGUUUGUGGGCGACGGGGAGAUGGAGGAGCUGGAGACUCUGUGGCUCACGGGCAUCUGUCACAACGAGAAGAACGAGGUCAUGAGCAGCCAGCUGGACAUCGACAACAUGGCCGGCGUGUUCUACAUGUUGGCGGCGGCCAUGGCCCUCAGCCUCAUCACCUUUGUCUGGGAGCACCUCUUCUACUGGAAGCUGCGCUUCUGCUUCACCGGCGUGUGCUCUGACCGCCCAGGGCUGCUCUUCUCCAUCAGCAGGGGCAUCUACAGCUGCAUCCACGGGGUGCACAUCGAGGAUAAGAAGAAGUCCCCCGACUUCAGCGGCUCCCAGAGCAACGUGCUGAAGCUGCUGCGCUCGGCCAAGAGCAUGUCCAACGCGCCCCACGCGAACCCCCCGCGCAUGGACUCCCCGCAGGGCACGGCCGACUUCAUCCCCCGGGGGUCCCUCAUCAUGGACAUGGUCCCCGACAAGGGCAACCCCAUCUACGCCGACCCCCGCUCCUUCCAGGGCAAGGACGGCUUCUUCGGCGACAGCAUGAACGAGCUGCAGACGUUCGUGGCCAACCGGCACAAGGACAGCCUCAACAACUACGUGUUCCCGGGCCAGCACCCGCUGACGCUCAACGAGGCCAACCCCAACACGGUGGAGGUGGCCGUGAGCACGGACGCCAAGGGCAGCUCCCGGCCGCGGCAGCUCUGGAAGAAAUCCAUGGAGUCUCUGCGGCAGGACUCCCUGAGCCAGAACCCUGCGUGCCCGCGGGGGGAGGACGGGCCCGGCGAGAACCGCGCCCACUCGCUCAAGAGCCCGCGCUACCUGCCCGAGGAGCUGGCCCACUCGGACAUCUCCGAGGCGUCCAGCCGGGCCACGGCCUACCGGGAGCCGGACAACAGCAAGAACCACAAGACCAAGGACAACUUCAAAAGGUCGCUGGCCUCCAAGUACCCGCCGGAGGGCGGCGAGGGCACGGAGCGCGGCUCCUUCCUGAAGACCAAAGCCAGCUCGCCCCGGGACAAGAUCUACACCAUCGACGGCGAGAAGGAGCCCAGCUUCCACCUGGACCCCCCGCAGCUGGUGGACAACCUGUCCGUGCCCGAGAGCUUCCCGGAUCCCUACGCGGACGCCGGCGAGAACUACCGCAAGGGCGACGCCACGCUGCCCCUCACCCGGAACGCGCAGCCCGGCGGCGGCGGCGGCAUUGGUGACAGCGGCAGUGGCGGCGGCAGCCUGCCCAACAACGAGCACUACAAGGUCUACUCCAAGCACCUCACGCUGAAGGACACGAGCUCCCCGCACAGCGAGGGCAGCGAGCGCUACCGCUCCAACUCCACCCACUGCCGGAGCUGCCUGUCCCACCUGCCCACCUACGCCGGCCACUUCACGGUGCGCUCCCCCUUCAAGUGCGACGCCUGCCUGCGCCUGGGCAACCUCUACGACAUCGACGAGGACCAGAUGCUGCAGGACACGGGCCGCCGGGCCAGCCCGGACGAGUCCUACGCCGCGCAGGACUGGGCCCAGAACAGCGCCCUCCAGCUGCCGAAGAACAAGCUGCACAUGAGCCGGCAGCGCUCCCACGACAACAUCCUCGACAAGGCCCGGGAGGCGGACGCCGCCGGCCGCGCGGGCCGCAGCGUCAGCCUCAAGGACCGGGAGCGGCUGCUGGAGGGGAACCUGUACGGGAGCCUCUUCAGCGUCCCCUCCAGCAAACUCUUGGGCAACAAGAGCUCCCUCUUCCCCCCGGGCCUGGAGGACAGCAAGCGGAGCAAGUCGCUCCUGCCCGACCACACCUCCGACAACCCCUUCCUCCACUCCUACGGGGACGACCACCGCCUGGUGAUCGGCAGGUGCCCCUCGGACCCCUACAAACACUCCCUGCCCUCGCAGGCCAUGAGCGACAGCUACCUGCGCUCGUCCCUGCGGUCCACGGCAUCGUACUGCUCCCGGGACAGCCGGGGCCACGGCGGCGACGUGUACAUUUCCGAGCAUGUUUUGCCUUACGCUGCGAAUAAGAAUAAUCUGUACUCGACCCCCAGGGUUCUGAAUUCCUGCAGCAAUAGACGUGUGUACAAGAAAAUGCCUAGUAUCGAAUCCGACGUUUAACGACACCUCCUGGUCACACGGUCUGACCACCCCGCCCCCCCUAGGGACACCUGCGGAAUGGCCAAGGUUCCGGAGGGUAAAUAACGUGUUGGCUGGCCGGCGGGCCCCGCCCCGCGUCGGGCCGGGCGCGGAGAGGAGGCGAAGCGGGUCCAGGACAGGUGGGGGCAGCGUGGGGGGGGGGGGGGCUGGUGGCGGAAGCGGGUUCUUUGGCGUCUGCAUGCGAUAGCUUCCACUCGGGGAGGGGGCCUGUGUCGAGCAGAGGGCUGAGCCCCGAACCCAAAGCAGUCCCCACUGCGCACGCGCACACACACACCCGCACCCCCACGCACAUCCACACGUGCGCGCGCGCACUCGAGGGCGGUUCUGGACACGCGCGCCGGGGGCGGUGGGCGGUCGCGAGGAGGCGUCGGAGGCUGACGGUGAUGUGACAAGCCUAGAUUCCCAAUCCCGUGAUGCCCGACCCGGCCCUGGAAUGUCCACCCACCCAAAGCACCUCCUGGGUCCCCACCCCCACCCCCGCCCCCGACCCCCGCUCCGCGUAAGCAAUAUGGUAUGCAUGGAACCCCGACCCCCAGCCAGCGAAGCAGCCGAGAGCGCGUUGGAGAGAAACGCCCCCCACCCUCCGAGCCGCCCCCCACCCCACCCCCCACGCCAGCGAUCAGGAAGCUUGACUGCCGGGAAGGUCCUGCUUAAUUGUGCCGCCUGUCGACCCCACCCCAGCCCCUGACCCCUGACCCUCAGCCCCCACCCGCACCCCCAGAGGACUAGCAGAUGGGUUUGUGCUCGUGGCGACUUGGUGACCUUCAUCCCAGUCCAUUUCCAAGACAUGUUCAGAGGGCACGGCCACAGUCCCCUCCCCCCAAAACAAACAAACAAACAAACGUGGACAGCUGCGAAAACACAUGGGUGUGUGCACAGGUGCCCCCCACCCCCCAUGGCUUCGAGGGUCUCGUGCAGAGCUGCAUAACCCUCUGUGUCUGACCCACGCGCACCUCCCAGCUCUGCACGGUGCCCGCCCCGCCCCCGCCCCCGCAGACCCCUGUGUAUGUUCAGUUUGCUUCCCCUCUCUUCUGGUGAUGACUCAGGGUUGUAUAGUAUCUGUCCCCCGUCCCUCCCGGAGGAACCCUCACUCGUCCAGCCCUGCCGUGUCGCUGUCCCAGGCGUGGCUCCUGUGGCCGUUUGUGCCGAGAGCCGUAAAACGCUCUAGGUCCGCCUGCCUGGGACACCGUGGCCGCCCCGACCUCCCCAGACCAGAAGCCUUCGGAUCGUGCACGGCCACAGCUGCGUGCAUGCGUGCGUGCUGUGUUCGCCCUGAGCACCCUCCCGACUGUGGCCAACCUCCAGUGGGACAAGCGACCCCUCUCUUCCAAAAGGAAAAAAAAAAAGAGUCCGCGGUGGGGGGACAGAGUGGCUCUCAGCCCCUCGGACAGAGGGUGAAUGUCGCCAAGCCUUUGUCGUCGUGAAUCCAUGCCGUGACUGUGUCCACGUGGAUGGCAGCUGUGCAGAGGCCAGGAACCAUCCUCGUUACCAUUAUUAUUAUUAUUAUUAUUUCAAACUGGGCGAAGAAGGGGCUUUUUGCUGCAUGGGAAGCGCGUGGGAGAGUGCUGAGUGCUUGCCCCCCCCAGCCCCCAAUAAAGGUCACAGUGACAGUGCAUCAGGCCAGAAUAUUCUCGCUUUCAAAGGAAUGUGACACCCCAGCACCCAUAGUCCUGGCAUUUCAUAGUUCCAGCCUUGUCACCGGUGGGUUUGUAGGGCGUGACUGGGAUGGCCUCUCGGGCGCUGCGGACCCCCCAGGCCUGCCCGGGGUCCACCGCAGGAACUUAGCAAGUGUAGAUCAGUUCACACAUUUCCUGAUCGUGUACGUUUUGCUUCUGGUUGUUGAAAAAAAGCAGUUGUGGGGGGGGGGGAAGAGGGGCAGUGGGGAGGUGCACGUUGGAAAGCUACUUCCUGUUUCCUGGACCCUCUUCUUCCUCCCAGCCCCCACCCCGGCCCCCUGCCUGUGUGUGUUAUCUCCCCCAGGAGCGGGCAGGUUUGGGGAAACGUCCCACGGAGUUGGGGUCAUCCAAUGGCUUCAUCUCCUGGAGAGACUCCCCCUCCCCCCAAGGUGUCCCCAGCGUGAUGGCAUCUUGCACCUUCGCUCUCUGCACCCCCAGACCCACAGUGGGGAAGCCGAGGAGGAUGGUCACCCCUGCGUCCAAACUCAGCCGCCCUGUUGCUUCUUGAGUUUCCUGCCUCACCCCUUCCAGGACCCUCCAGAUCCCGGUGCCCCCAGCCUGCCCGCUCCCGUCACCCCACACACCUGCCGCAUUUUUAUCCUGGGCUGGGUCUCAGAGUCCUCCCAGAAGACCGAGCCGUAACCCGGCAGCCUCCCGAGAUGCACUCUGUCCCUUGGGUGGGGGGCGGGGGGCUGCCAGAGGCGACCGAUCUCCAGGGACAGUGCGCUGCUCUGGGAAUGACGCCCGUGACCAGAAAGGCGCCUUCCGGUUGCAGUGGUCACACCCCGCUCGGGACUCAGAAACUAGAAAACGUGAGUCGGGAAAGUGCCCGGAGGAACGUGGCUGAGAAACAGCCCCGGAGUGUGGGACGUGUGGGGACCGGACCCGCUCACUGUAGGUGCAGCGAGAGUCGGUCCCCAGCACCAGCCCCGCCUCUUCCUGGAGCCACCCCGGGGGAAGGACAGUCACGCCAGUGCUGACGGCCGCUUCUCGGUGGAGGGUGGUGAGGGGCAGCUGGCCAGGCUGGGCGUUUGGGGAAGGACCCUGGGAAUAGAACACGGGGUCAAGGUGGUGAGAAUUCCCUGGCAAGUCUGAGGGCUGGGCCCAAAGGAAUUCUCCAGAAGAUCCCCCCAGCCCUGAAAGCUGAGACGUGGGGACACCCCAGAGCCCAGACCCUCUGGAACCCGAACAUCCUGGCAUCUGUGCAUCGACCCCUUCAUGCCGUUUCAGUGGUUUACCUGCUUGUGACAGCGCAGCCGGCACACCCGAACGCAGUGGCCCGUGGCCCUGUCCACGACCCCCGCCCGCGGUGGGGAGGGGGAGGGGAGAGGUCUGCAGAGCCUGAAGGUGGAUCUGUGAGGCCUGCUGACUCCUGAGGCUUCUCUGAGGUGAGGCCUGUGGCCCCACUCCCGCCCUCCGACCCCCUGGCCCGUGUGGGGAUCAAUGUCCUCCCCCCUCAACCCUGCCCCCCUCCACCCCACGUCUCACCUUCCUGCCCUCCUCAAACCUCAGGGCAUCCGUGGAUGCAGCUGGCAGGAGCAUGGGGCCUGCCUCUCCCCCACGGCCCCUCAGAGGGCGCCCAAGGAAUCCCCAAAGGCCCCUCUUGAGCGGAAAGCAUCACAAUUCAGUUCUGGCCGCAGCCACAUCCAUCGAAUCAAUUCACACUUAUUUUCAGGAGAGAGAACUGAAAAUUGCACCUUGUUUACAAAUGAAAGAGUUUCGCUUAGAUGGGCCCCCAGCCAAGGUAGGAAAUUAGUCAGGAGGCCCCCCCCCCCCCCCCGUGCCUGUGCAUUCUCCUGGAUGGAGUCUUUAAUAUUCUGUACCCCUCCUCAGAAAAUGACAAAUGUCCUGAAUUCUCUGCAAAUAGAAUUGCUAAUGGGAAAAAAAAAGGGAAGGGUGGAGAGUUGGUGUUAAUUGAACGGUGAUUAAAAAUUUAUCUCCUUUCAACCCAAAAAGUGCUGUGUUAAUGAGCAAGUCAUAUAAAUAAAUGCCUUGCCCAGAAAUCUCUCGCGGUCGAAGACCUAAACUAAAUACUCGUUUGUGAGACGUAAAUAUCAUUCAGCUGUGCUGAGUAGAUUUGUCACGCCUCCGACAGCCCGGGACGGUGUCCUUGGCUCCAGAGUGUUGCAGAAGUUUCUGGAUAAGGGGAACCAGGCGUCAUUUCUGAACCGGGACCCGUUGGUGGCUGGUGCGUGCGUGUAUGUGUGACGGGAAAGCAAAGGGCCCACAGCAGUGGGGGGAGACGGGUGCCUGCGCGCUGGUCGGGACAGGGUGGAAGUGAAGCUCUCACCCACUCACAGGCAAUUGUCAGCCCGGAAACGGGGCUUGCUUGCUCUUGAAACCAAAAUCAGACGUCUGGCCUGCCCCAUCUCCGGGUGAGCGGGGCAGCCUGAGGGGUCAGGUGGCAGAUCCAGACGCGUCUCCCAGCACACCCCCCCUCGCCUGCCCCCGGCCCUGCCCACGCGAUCGGUUUUGGUGUCUGGCCGUCAGAGGGGGUCCGCGUGCCACUCCCCGUCCAAGGGGCCGAUCACGGGCCCUCCUGGGAUCAGGAAACCGCUCUUGUACACACGUCAAUAACCGCCACGCCUGACUGCCACACGCCACGCGCCCGCGUGUUUUUCAAAUCACACUGUACAUAAUGUAAAGCGUCUGUGAAAGACCAGGGGUGCCUGGGUGACUAGCCCCGGGCGAUGUUUACAGAGAGGGCACCUUUUCUUUUCCUUGUCAUUUUCUUUUUUUUUUUUUUGAAAAAAAAAAAUAUAUAUAUCUCUGUACUGUUGAGCAUGAAUCAAGCCAUGUAGGAUUUGGGUCUCUGUGCUUCGUGGCUCUGAAGAAACUCCGGGCGUGGGGGGCGGUGUGCUGUGUGUUAGGAAGUCCGCGCUGCCCUGGAGAGGUGUGUGGCUUCCACAGCCCCGCCGGGCACAUUUCCCAUUUCCAUUCCUCUCCUUCUCCCUCUCCAGCAUUUGUUCCCAGAAGUGCAAUCCCCACCCCGCACAGGGCCGGAUAAGGGGGCUCCACUCAGGGCCGGCAGGGAGGCGGAGGGGAGGGGAGAGUAACCGUGGGGGCAGGGAGCUGGUAUCAGAGCUGAGUCUCGAACCCAGGACUUCGGGAUCCAGCCUCUUCACUCGGUUCCUUUCUUGGCGUCAACCCUAGGGUGCCCGCCCAAGUACCUCGGGGGACAGAGCCAGAGAAUGCCCCGGACCUUACCCCGGCUUCCUGGCCCUUGCCUUACACAGUCCAAACAUGUCCUUCAAUUCGAUUUUCCUUUAAGCUCCCCGCACUUCUGCUUCUCAGUUCUGGAGGAGAGGAAUUAUUAUUAUUAUUAUUAUUAUUAUUAUUAUUGUCAAGGAUCUACUUCCUGGGGAGAAUCAACAAGAACAAGGGUUACAGUUCAAACAAACAAACAAACAAACAACCCAAACCAAAGAUGAACGACCUCAGUGGCCCUUGAGCCAACCAUGUGUUCUCUCUCUCCGGAGCUCCGGGUACCAAAGGGCACCACCGACUCUCCCUGUAAGGCCUGCACGGGUUCAGGAGAAGCAAAGGGGAUUUAAAAAAAAAAGCAUCACUUUUCAUCUAGAAAUUGAAUUCCCCGAUGCGAAAAAUAAGCAAGAACCCAUGGGCUGCAAAUACGGAAUCUAUGUAAAGAGCGGAAGUGAUCCGCCUCUUCGCAGAAAAGGAGAAUGUCUUUGAGCCCAUAAUCCAUCCCCCCAAAAUUCCUCUUCUGGACACGGGAGCCCUUUUGGAGACUGUAGCUCACGGACUACAGCCUCAGCUACUUCAGCCUUCGCGGAGGGAGGAGAGGAGGCAGGCGUGGGGCAGAAGGACCCCCCGUCCGUCCUUCCCCCUUCCUGGGCGGGCCGCUGAAAUACGGGCCUCUUAUUCUCCAGUUUCCCCCACUCGCAUCCCCGCUCCCCUCUCUUUUGCGACCUAUCCCUCAGGAAGGGUUGGAAGAAAUCCUCAGGCAUCGGAAAACAGACUGUGACGGGAAAUCGUGUUUGUUUGCUUCAUGUGUUGACUUGUGGGAAGUGUUUGUGAUCAUUCAGGUACAGAUGGUCAGGGAAGGGCGGGAGAAUUCCAGGUUGAGUCCCAAGUGCCUACAGUUGUGGCUGGGGUGGGUGGGGGAGGGGAACCAAGGGCGGGUGGGAGGGAGGAAGGGAGGGAGGGAGAGAGAGAGGGAGGGAGCACUGUAGCACUGUCGUCCCAUUGCUCAUCGAUUUGCUUGAGCGGGCACCAGUAACGUCUCCAUUGUGAGACUUGUUGUUACUGUUUUUGGCAUAUGGAAUACAACACGGGUACUUGUCAGGCUCUGGCGUCCAGGUGGGAUACUCUCGGUAGCCGGUCAGGCUCUCCGAGAGGGAUGGAGGAAUCAAACCCGGGUCGGCCGCGUGCAAGGCAAACGCCCUACCCACUAUGCUAUCGCUCCAGCCCAGAGGGAAACUUGCAUCAGGUCCCCCUGAGAGGAAGGAGUGGGGCUGAGGAAGGUCACAGAGGAUGGAGUUUGUUUUAGGGAGAUGGGGGAGUGGGGGAGGCCCCUCCUUCUCCCCUACCAGCCCAUUUCUCGUAUGACUAGAAGCUUAGUUUUGUUUUAUUUAGUUUUGUUUGCGUCUCCCAAGCACCUGCAUUUGCAAGUAUCCCAGUGUAUUUCCACCCGUGCCAGCCCGAGAAUGUGAACGACCUCAGAACCUUAGGAUGGGAGUGGUCGCCCCACUCCGCUGAUGGGGACAUGCAGGCUCAGACUGGCCCCAGCCUCAUCAGCAAUGAGAACUUGCUUUAAGAAGAACUUCCAUGUGUUUGGCAUAUUCGUGAAGUGCCUGAUCUCCAAGGAGGUCAGAAUCCAAGGGACAGAGAGAGGGAGAGGGAGGGAGAGAGAGAGAGAGAGAGAGAGAGAGAGAGAGGGAGGGAGAGAGGGAGGGAGAGAGAGGGAGAGAGGGAGGAAGAGAGAGGGAGGGAGGGAGAGAAGAGAGGGAGAGAGAGAGGGAGAGAGAGGAAGAGAGAGAGGGAGGGAGGGAGAGAGGGAGGAAGAGAGAGGGAGGGAGGGAGAGAAGAGAGGGAGAGAGAGAGAUGCUGCACGGAGGACCUCAAGAAGCCGUUGCUGGUGUCGGGGCCUCUGGGGCAGGCAGUGUCCCUCUUUUCCUCCUCCUCCGCUUCCUGCCCUGUCCCGGCGGGUCCUUGUCAGAGCUGCUGGCCCCUUGCACUCAGCACCUGCUUUCUUUUCAUUCCCCAGGGAGCUGCUUCUCCAGCUAGCACGUGCCUCACCUGAAAUGCUCCCUUGCUAAUCUCGCUUCUUUUUCUCAGUAGACAUCAGGGCUAAUUCCAUGAAACAUAUGCAAAGAGUCUGUGCUCACGCGUGCGCAUACACACACACACACACACACACACACACACACACACACACUGCCUUGCGCUGCCUUCCCCCGUGUGCAGUGCACCUGGGCGUGGAAAGGCCGGGGUCUUUGCUCUCUGUGAGUGGCGGCCCCCUCUCUGCCCUCCCCACGUUUGGUUGUCUCUGCCGGGCAGACAGCGCGAGGCGUAGGGGUGCGACAGGAAAGAGGAAAGAGAGAUUUUGCACAGCUGGAGGGGUGGGGGAGGCGUGUCUCCGUACUCAGGAUGGCUGAGGGUCAGCUAGCAAGCAUUUUGUUUUUGUUCCCCCCCCACCCCCCGCUAGCUCUGUUCUGCUUCCCUUUAGUCCUGUCAAAUGGUCUUGGAGAUCCUUUCCUGGUCACUGUGUCCCACCCGGUCCCGGGUCACUGAGCGUGUGUUCGGUGCGCCUCCUUGACAAGUGCUGAAUUGGAGUUUGCCGCCGAGUCCUCUCAGAGGCCCCCAGAGACGUCAUCGUAAGGUGGCAGGCGGGCCCUCAUGGAGCCCCCUGUUCUCCCUCUACACCGCGGGACCCUCUUUCCUGGCAUCUGUGCUUCUCUGUAUGGAGCCAGGGCGGCGAGGUGAGGGAAUCAGCAGGCCCCAUUCUUGGGACACUAAGCUGGCCCUUGAAGGACUGUCCCUGGAGUGUUGUAGGACGGGGUCCUUCUGGAGAGCCAGCUGACGUGCCGCCGCCGCCCCUGGCCUUGUCCUUGACAUUUCCUCUAGUCGUGCACAUCUUCCAGACUGGCCAAGAACGGUUUCCUAAAACGGAAGUGAUUCAGGUCCCAACCUGGGGGCUGUCGCCUCUCCCGGGGCCCCAGGACUGUGUGAAAACCAGAACCCCCUAGGGAAUGACAGGACUGGGCGUUCUCUCUUCUCCGGGGUCCUAGUCCAGAGCACGUGGCUCUCCAAGGAACCCAGAGGCAAGUGGCUUGCGAUGAGUCAUUUCUCAGAGGAACUGCCCAGAAUAAGGCACCCGCGGCGUGCAGAAACAGACAGGGCGAAAGUGACAUGACAGUUCAUCCGUCCCUCUUCGAGGUUUACUUUCUCCUUUUUUUUUUCCCUUCAAUUCCAGAACAUUCCUCAUUAGCAGCAGCCCUAGGUCCUCACCUCUUCCGGUCAAUUCUCUCUCACGCCUUUGGGAAGGAUGGAGAAGAGCUUUCAAAAGGGAUAUUAACAUAACGCGUAGCCAAUACCACAGCUGCCUUUUAAAUUAAUAAGGUUAAUUGUUCUCCAGCAAACAUAAGUUCGUCUUUGGCAUUUUAAAUGCUUCUCAUUGAUCUGACAUUUUGCUGUUUCACGCUUUUAAAGGGCUCAAAUCAAAGACUAUUGAUAGCUGAGCAAAUAGUGAAGGUCCAGAAAUAUAAAAACAUUGUCAGUUUUUCCAUGGAAACGAUCAUAGCCUUUUGAAUUCAAUUGAGGUUUCUCAUUAACCAUUUAAGACUAUUUAACAUGUAGUGAAUUGUUUCUAUUUUCAGUUAACUUAAUUCAAAUAAAUAAACAGUAUUGACUUUUUAAAGAUUAAAAAAAAUAAAAUCUUGAGCUGAUUAGGUUUGUAGACACAGCUCUGGGGCCAGGACCACUAAGGGGAAAAAAAUCAAUUUAGAAAUCAGAGGUUCAGGUAACUCUCUGGCAUCAAAUUUAUUGACCAUCUGAAAACAUGGAUAGAUUUGGGAAAAAUGAAAGUGGUUCCUAAUAACUUUCAGCUUUCUCAAAAUUCCCCCCGGAAAGAAUAUUAACUGCCCUGUUGAGGUAUUUUCUUUUUCUUUUUUCAAAUAGGAAAUAAGAUCAAGAGUAAUAUCUUCAUAGAAGCUUCCAUCAACACAUAACACAGUUAACAACAUGGCUGGGUAUGACUUUAGACACUUCCCAAGCCUGAGGGUUCCUAAAGAUUUUCAUAUCGAUUCGUUUUUAACCUCCGAGUCUUAAUCUUGCUCAUUCCCCAGCUAAAACAAAUCUUAAAAGCAUAUCCUUGCCAAGUGCCGGGAGUCUAGAAUCCACUGUGGCUUGCCACACGAGAAUGUUUCCUGUGUAUGUGUUUCCGUAUAGUAUAUAUAUUUCAAAGCCGAAUAUGCAGAAAGUACUAAGUUCAUUCCUGGGUAGCUUGACUAAGAAGUAGAUCAUUACAGGAGCCAAGGAUGACCGUCUUCUUGGGCAAAGAGGAGAAACUCUUCAUUGUUCACUCAUGUCGUAAGCCUUCCCGCAUACCCACUCAAGCUGGUCAUUAUCCACAGGAGAGGACCUGGAUGGAGCGAAGGGUGAGGUUGGUGUCUGAGUCCAUUCUUAACCCAGUACGUCCAGCAUGGCCCGCCAUUUGCGGAAGGUGUCCAUUCACGCUACAUUCAGACACUGUCCAAAACCCACAUCAGACCCGGCUUGAUCUCUUGAAUGGUGGGCGCCCCACGUGAGCGGUGCGCCCGAUUCGGUGGUUUUUCAUUUUGGGAAUAGAUGUUCACCUACCAACCGCAACAGUUAAUACCUGUCAUGUUUUAAUCCACUGCAUGAGGAAGUGCUAAUAACUGUAUUAAAUAUUUCCAAGCAUAGCUACAAAAUUACACGUUUGCUUAACACCUUUCUAUGAUAGAGGAAGUAUAUACUAUGGUUGUCUUCUUGUAGUAUGUCUUUAAUUUCUGUUCAACGUGUUGCCAACUGUUUUAAGGAAUGAGGUUUGAGAUGCGUGUGCAAACCGAUAUGUACAUAACUCCCGAGGCAACGAAAGUGCCCGAUCAUACGGUGUAAAAAAUGUAAAUACAGGAAAAAUUUCAUUUUUCUAAUAAAGAUAAUUUCUGCCAAUUGAUAUGAAAACGA